CACUGCAGCUGCUGGGAGGAACCUGAAGAGGAACCUGAAGGAUGUAGAUGCUUUAAGAUCAACAGGACCAGCUCCGCGCGCGCGAACGUGUCUCCUCCCGUGAAAUGGAUAAAGAAGAGGCGGAACCGUGAGUCGUGUUCGUCUGUGAAGCAGCGCGGAGAUGAAGAAGACUCGCGUUCACAUCACGCCGAACAGAUAUAAGACCACGGCGCGUUUCGAACAGAUCUAUUUUUCGAACAGAUAUAUUUUCUAAUUCAUCUUAAGUGAACUCUCUGGAGAAUAAACAUGAAAUUUCCGGCGGAAAAUCAGAGAAAACCGAGCAGUAGCUGGAGUCCUCCUCCAGUGGCAGUCCAGACCAACCUCGUUCCCCCGAAAAAAGUCCAGCCCGGGAUGCUGCAGUCCAGUUUGGUCCAGGCCAGCGUGGCCACAAUGCAGAACCCAAUGGGAUGUUCACUUCCUCGCCUCUCUGUUUCGCGGCCUGCUAGCAUGGUAGCUAGCAUGGAGGCGGGGGCAGACAGCUCGGCACUUCUAUCCGUGAUGAAGUGGAAGACAGUGCUGGCUGUAUUCGUGGUGGUGGUGAUUUACUUAGUGGCCGGCGGUUUGGCAUUUCGAGCGCUCGAGCAGCCGUUUGAAAGAAACCAGAAGGACACGAUUACAGCCGAGAAGGCAGCAUUCCUGCAAAAGCAUCCCUGUGUCACACCAGAUGAACUGGAGAUUCUCAUUAAGCACUCCAUUGACGCCUUCAGCGCUGGAGUGAGUCCGAUAGGAGACACAGCGCACAACUUCAGCUACUGGGAUCUCGGCAGUGCUUUCUUCUUCGCUGGUACUGUGAUCACCACUAUAGGAUACGGGAACAUCGCUCCAAGCACAGAGGGAGGGAAAACUUUCUGCAUUCUGUACGCCAUAUUCGGCAUCCCGCUCUUUGGCUUCCUGCUGGCUGGAGUUGGAGAUCAACUCGGCACCAUCUUUGUAAAGACCAUCGCCAAAGUGGAAAAGAUGUUCAGGAACAAGAAUAAUCAAAUCAGCCAGACGAAAAUCCGUGUGGCCUCGACGUUACUCUUCAUCCUCGCCGGAUGCAUCGUCUUCGUCACAAUUCCUGCAGUUAUUUUCAAAGAAAUUGAAGAAUGGACGGCGCUCGAUGCGAUUUAUUUUGUUGUUAUCACACUAACGACUGUUGGCAUUGGAGACUACGUUGCAGGAGGAAACCGGGCAAAAGAAUAUUAUAACUGGUACAAGCCACUGGUUUGGUUCUGGAUCCUGGUUGGUCUGGCAUACUUCGCUGCUGUACUGAGUAUGAUCGGAGACUGGCUACGAGUCCUGUCCAAAAAGACAAAAGAAGAGGUUGGCGAGUUCAAAGCUCAUGCUGCCGAGUGGAAAGCAAAUGUUCGGGCUGAAUUCAGAGAAACAAGGCGUCGCCUUAGUGUGGAGGUUCACGAUAAAUUGCAACGUGCCGCAACGAUUCGGAACAUGGAGCGUCGUCAGCUUGGAUUGGACCAGCGUGCUCAGUCGCUCGACAUCUUAUCUCAUCCUAUUGAGCGACGAGUGGCAAACUUCAACAUCCUGGAUGCAGCGACUAACUUCAAGACAUCGUCUCAGGAGAGCAUCAACGCAAAGCUAAACGACAACAUAUUUAACCGAUUCGGCUCUGUCAGCAAACUGGCCAAACGAGCCAAGAACAAGGAGCUAAAGAAGAACAUCCCAGGAGAUGGACGGAAACCCGGCAGUGAGGAGAAGAAAGAGGCGGAGGAGGAAGAGUUGGAGAAGGAGGUCAACACCAGUCUGUCGGAUCUGCCGUUGUUCGUCGAGAGCCCGAAAUCACAGAAUGGAUUCAUGAUGGUGCCGGCAAAGACCAAAGAAGAAGAAUUAGAAGAAGAAGAAGAAGAAGAAGAAGAAGAAGAAUUAGAAGAAGGAGAAGAAGGAGGGGGAGGAGGAAAAGAAGAAGAAAAAGAAGAUAAGGAAAAAAAACUUGAGGAGUUUUGUGUAGAAAUGGACAUUUAGAUAGGAGAAAUCAUCUUUCUUGAAAAAUAAAAGUGCCUUAUUUCUCAUUGAUGCUGAUGGGAAAAUUGUAACAUCCCAUUUUAAUGUUGGUGAAACUUUUCACUGUGUCCUGAUAACUUGAUUUAAAAAAAAUUCACCUGACAGACCAAUAAAAGCAAAACAGUUUUUGAAAAAGGAUCCUAUCAAAGUUUCAGCAAGUGAACUGUAGCGAAUUAAAGUGACAUUUACUGGCCUGAAAGACUGAAAGUUGAUAUUGAGCUCUUUCCACAAUGAACUUGAAGAUAUGAAAAUAAUAUAAAUGAAAAAAAUGCAGAUGGAGAUGAAGGACGAAAACUGAUUUAAAAAUGUAAUGUAUCAGAAAAAAUUCCAUGAUAUACAUUAGGCAUGUGUCGAUAUAAAAUUUUAAAUUGUGAAAAGUCCUUAACCUUUUAUCAUGGUUAAGGAUGUCGACACAGUAUUAGAUAUUGGAUAUGUUUCAUUCUGGCAACUUCUUUAUAGUCUCAUUGGUUGAAGGCCCCAGUCUUGUUAGGCAGCAUUUUAACUGAAAAGGAACCUCAUCGGGUAUCACGUCAUCAUAUGUCAUAUGUCACUUUCAGUGUGCUGCUGGUCACUCGCUAGUUUACUGGAUUAUGUGGCUUAAUGGUUAGCAUGUUUGCCUCACACCUCUAGGGUUGAGGGUUCAUUUCCCACAGCAGCCUGUGUAUGUGGAGUUUUCAUGUUCUCCCCAUGCUUCGGGGGUUUCCUCCGGAUACUCCAGUUUCCUCCCCCAGUCCAAAGAUUGGCUGAUUGUAGGCUGAUUGACAUGUCCAAAAGUCUCAGUAAUGUAUGAAUGGAUGAUGGAUUGGCAUCCUGUCCAGGGUGUCCACCGCCUUGUGCCCCAUGCCCCCUGGGAUAGGCUCCAGGUUCCCUCCAACCCAGUAAGGAUAAGCAGUACAGAGAAUGGAUGGAUGUUGCCUCUGUAGCACAGGGAACUAGUUUCUUACUGGAAUACAAUGCUAAACACAUCUCAUAUUUCUCAGACUUUCCAGAACAGAAUAAUUGACUACUUUCUCCCUCUAAUUUUUGUCCAAAAUAAGUCAGCCAUAUGGAUCAGCCCAUUUUUCAAGCAGGACAAUUGAUAAUAUAACCGGCCAAAGCAUUAUUAAUGUGAAAUUGGGAAAGGGGCGGGGCUUCCAGGGUAUCAGUUUAGAGAGUUUUAUAAUAAUAAUAAUAUUUAUUAUUCUUAAUAUAUUAUUGAUAUAAUAUUAGAGAGUUCAAAACACCUACACAACUGUCAAUCAUCCCAGAUUCAUAGGACGGUUGACUCUUGUGCGGUUUUUAUUGCUUUAUUAUCCUAAAAGAAGUUUUUCUGUAUUUUUGAGUGAUAAAUAUGUGUGUUGAUGUUAAAAUCCGGAGCUCAGACACAAAAUGUGUAAGGGUUGUAAGGUCUGGACUUAAUCUCUCGCUCUUGGUGAAUGGAAGGUAGAGUGAAAAUGCAGGAUGUUUAACUAUAUUUUAAAUAACCAAGUGUCGGCACAUGCCUAAUAUAUAUUCCCUAAAAAAAUUACAUUGCCCAAAGUAGCAUUGAAAAUUGGAUGAAGUUCUGAAAUUUUGAAGCAAAUGAUAUAUGUGCAUGAUCUUGGAGUUUUAAUGUCCUCUAUAAAAACACAUGCUGUUCAUUUUCAUAACCAAUGAGAUCUCAGGGCUUGUACUCCAUCCUACACCACUAUACACACAGUCAGGACCAAAUGUCUGAGCACAAGAACCGUGUCAUUUUGUCAGUUUUCUACAACUAGUCUCAAUUCUGUUUUCCUCUUUUACACCACAGCAUUGUGGAGUUCUGGAUUCUGAUUGGUCAGAAGGUGUUGAUUAAUUUUCUGUAACGGCAGCUCUGAUGCAAAUCACAGGUUUAUAUUAAUGCGCUCGUUCUAAUACGUUAGUGUUUUUAUAGUAACAGCUCAUUCACAGCUAAUCAUAAUCAUAAAUACGGGGAACUUUUCUGUAUGGAGAUGUUUAUGUAACGUUUAUGGAAGGAGUCUCCAGUGUCAGCUCUGUGUAACAGUCAGAGAUAAAGCUGUAACUUUAAAUUGAUGCUUCUUUGCGGGUAACAUGAAAGGUGCAUUUUUUUGUCAUAUUAACUAAUUAUUUGAGAACAGGAACUGACGUUCCACAACAUUAAAUGUAUUUAUUUUUUUUUUAAAAUUAUGAUAGUGUUCUUUAAUAAAUUUAAAAAAUGAUAAAUUGUUGUGGUGUAAGAGGAAUAAAACACUAAAAUAAUCAACACAAAAAUCACUUUUGAGUGAUAUUAUUAUUAUUAUUAAAUUAACUUUGGGGUGAUAACAGUAACUCCACUUUAUCACACCAGGUUGUGUUGAAUAACUGAUGAAAUGAAACGAGUCACUCAGACUUUUGUACCUUACUGUACACUGAAGCCAUAGUGUCAAAAAUCCGAAUCAGAUCAGAAUCGAUGGUGCACUUUUUAGUCGGUGAAAGAAUGGCCAAAGAUGAAAUGUUCACAAUGUCCCCUUUACUCCAACACACUCACACUGUUAACCUGGUGCGUAUAUACUUCUAUUACAUGUUAGCUACAUUAGCAUCGUAGCUCCAGUGCAAAUUGCACACACAAAUCGUUUGCGGUGAAGAGAACAUUGUGAACAUUUCAGAUUUGUCUGAGCUAUCACGUCACGUUUUGGUGUAAACAUGUCCUCAUCACACUUAGCACUUUCCCAAGCCGAGAAGCUUUCUGUGUUUUUAUUUAUUUCGCUAAACAGUGAAGCUGUCGUACAAGAUGCCUUCUGUGUGUAAAAAUACAGUAUAUGUGUGUGUGUGUGUGUGUGUGUGUGUGUGCGUGUCUGAUGUGUGUAUGUAUGUUGUAUUAAAACUAUGAUUCCCUUGCAUAACUAGGCAUGUGGCAAUGUUCCAUUCACCUCAUCCAAGUUAAUCAUGGUUUUCGAUAUUAUCACGAUGUUCUGUCCAGUUCUGUCCAGAAUGGCUUGUUCUCCAAGAACAAUGGAAUGCAGAGGAAUGAUGAUAUUUUGUCCACGCUAACAAUAUUGUGUGUGUUGAAUAUCAUGAUGUACCGUGUAGCCAGUUACUGGCACAUGCCUACGCAAUACCUCACUAUCGCAAUCCUUCGCACAUGUGCUUGUUGCUGAGCUUUACACACCCGACGUGCUCUUCUUGUUCGCAGUAGUCUAGUGUGAAUGCAGCAAAAAGGACUUAAUGUUUUGUCAUGAAGAUGAUGCUAUGAAGAUUUUUUUAAAUGUUCAAAGCAUUUUAAAACAAACAAACAUAAAAAGAAUUUAAAGACAUGGAAACUAAAAGCAUGCCUUUUGUGCUAAUAUAUUACGGUAUGGUAUUGAGUGUACUGCUACGUGCUUCUGAAAAUGAGCGUUUAUAAACGUGACGAGUUUAUCGAGUUAAACGCUGAACGUCCUCCAGUUUUAAAAAUAUAUAUAAACAUUUUAAAGUGCAAUGAAAUUGUGCAUAAUUGUGCAAGCAUUACUUUCAAUGUAGUGAGUGCCUUUUUAGAAAAAAAUAAAAAUGAAACUAGCAUAUGAAGUUUCC